GCUUCCGGGCGGCGGCGGCGGCGGGCGCGGCGCGAUGUGCGAGCGGGCGGCGCGCCUGUGCAGGGCCGGCGCGCACAGGCUGCUCCGGGAGCCGCCGCCGCAGGGCCGGGCGCUAGGCGGGCUGCUGCGCUGGGUGGGCGCCAGGAUGGGCGAGCCCCGGGCGCCGCUGGUCCCCGACGCCCCCGACGCCCCCGACGCCCCCGCUGCGGACCCCGGCCCCGGCCCGGGGCCCUGCUCGCCGCGCGGGGGCACCGCUGUCAUCCUGGACAUUUUCCGCCGGGCGGACAAAAACGACGACGGGAAGCUGUCGCUGGAGGAGUUCCAGCUCUUCUUUGCAGAUGGCGUCCUCGACGAGAAGGAGCUGGAGGGCCUCUUCCACACGAUUGACUCUGACAACACCAACCACGUGGACACCAAGGAGCUAUGUGAUUACUUUGUGGACCACAUGGGCGAUUAUGAGGACGUCUUGGCCUCCUUGGAGACCUUGAACCACUCUGUCCUGAAGGCGAUGGGCUACACCAAGAAGGUGUACGAGGGCGGGAGCAACGUGGACCAGUUUGUGACGCGCUUCCUUCUGAAGGAGACGGCCAAUCAGAUCCAGUCGCUGCUCAGCUCUGUGGAGAGCGCCGUGGAGGCCAUCGAGGAGCAGACCAGCCAGAUCCGGCUCUCUCUUAGGGCUCCCGUUUUCAGAGAGGGGGCCUGUCGAGCUGGUAUAGACCCAGGUUCCCUCCGCCCGACCCCAGUGAAGCCGGGAGAAGAAGCUGUCACUUCUGCUGUGGGCUGCAGACAGAACCACAGCAAAGCCAGCCACGGCGUGGUGGAGACCUGGUCUGGAAGCGCCGCGCCCCCCCACGCCCCCAGCGCCAAGCUGGGGGCUGCAGAACAAGGGAAGAGUCUCCCAUCUGUCUCUGCAGACCCCAAGGAGGAGGGCCUGGAAGCCCAGAUUAGCCGCUUGGCAGAGCUGAUAGGACGGCUGGAGAGUAAGACCGUUUGGUUUGAUCUUCAGCAGCGCCUCUCGGAUGAAGAAGGCACCAACAUGCACCUGCAGCUGGUCCGGCAGGAGAUGGCCGUGUGCCCCGAACAGCUGAGUGAGUUCGUGGACUCCCUGCGCCAGUACCUCCGCGGCACUGCCGGGGCCGGGAGCUGCUUCCACAUCAUCGCUUUGUCAUUCAUUUGCAUCGCGGCCGUGAGGCUGGCUGACGGCUUCACCUUCGUGGUCUACGAGUUCUGGGAGACGGAGGAGGAGUGGAGGCGGCACCUGCAGAGCCCCGUGUGCAAGGCGUUCCGGCACGUCAAGGUGGACACGCUGAGUCAGCCUGAGGUCCUCUCCAGGAUCCUGGUGCCAGCUGCCUGGUGUACUGUGGGCCGCGACUGACCAUGUCCCUGAGGCCUUUGGAUCCGCCUGCCCCUCUGCCCACUCUUUUCUAGCAACUUUGGUACAUCCGCUGUCUUUUCACUGUACUUCAGACAAGAAUGUAUCCUCCCUGUUUGCCGUGAAGGAGCAGCCCCUUCCCCAAUCCCCCGCCCUCCCUUAGCGGCUGCCGCCACUGGGAAACAGCAGGCACAGGGAGGUGUCCUGGGACCAGCACCUCCCCCAGCCCGGCCCAGCGGCCACGCAUGACCCCUCCCCCCCGCCCCCCCCCCGCCCCCGCCUCAUGGGCCUGGGGGACACCCUGCCCAGGUAGGAGCUGCGCCCCUGUAGUGCCCCACUCGGCCUGGGCCCCGCCGCGCCGGACUGGAGCACCCCCGUAGCCAGUGCCCGCUUGGCAGUCCGGCACCAAUAAACACUGGUUGGGAACGGUGGUGUGCUGGUUUUCUUUCGAAUUUUCUAGCGGACGGCCGCUAGAUGCACAAAGCAGUCCUGGUGCGUGGGGCCCCUUACGAGCCGCGAAACCUUGACCCCAUCACCCCAAAGUCGGUUUCCUUACCUGGA